AUGGCACCCUCUUCCACAUCCUCCUCAGUACCCGCUGGCCCACAGCAAUCUUCCCACCCGGCCACCGAACCUGAACAUCAAACAACCGAGUCUGAGAAAAACACCAAAUACGCCUCCAUUAAACCUGCACCACGGCCUGAGGACGAGCAACAAGGCCGUCUCCAACUCCAACGCACAGUUUCAUCAGUCAGCCACCAUGACAUGGCUAAUGUGCAAUACGUCGCAACAGGCGACAACGACACCAUCUACAACAAGUUCACCCCACGCCGAAAAAUGGUCAUCGUCGCCGUCGUCUCCUUCUGCAGCUUCCUAGCCCCCAUCUCUUCGACAACGGUCCUUUCUGCCGUUCCCGAAGUAGCAAAAACGUUCAAUACGGACGGCUCCAUCAUCAACGUCUCAAACGCCUUGUACAUGCUCUUCAUGGGCCUUUCCCCCUGUUUCUACGGGCCCUACGGAAACAUCUACGGCCGGAAGUGGGUGAGCGUCGUAAGUGCCGCGUUAUUCACCGCAUUCAGCAUCGGCACGGCGCUGAGCCCCAACCUCGCUGCCUUCUUCGUCUUCAGAAUCCUGACCGCGUUCCAAGGCACCGCCUUCCUCGUCAUCGGAUCAGCCGUCAUAGGCGACAUUUACAAGCCGACCGAGCGCGCAACAGCGCUAGGUUGGUUCCUAUCUGGCACGCUGAUUGGGCCUGCGCUGGGCCCGUUUAUCGGUGGAAUUAUAGUCACGUUCCGCUCGUGGCGCGACAUCUUCUGGCUGCAGACGGCGCUCGCCGGUGCCGCGACGCUGUUUUGUGCGUUCCUCCAGCCCGAGACGAUACACAGCAAGCGCGCCGAUGAGCUCGCGGGUCUGCCUGCAAAGCAGCGCGCAAGCAAAAUGUGGGCGUGGCUUAACCCCUUCCGCGUCGUGAGAUUAUAUCGGUACCCGAAUAUUCUCCUCACGGCCCUCGCGUCCGCUAGCUUGGUUUGGAACAUGUACAGCCUGCUCACGCCUAUCCGGUACGUCCUGAACCCGCGGUUCGAUCUGCAGAGCCCAUUGCAAUCGGGACUCUUCUACAUCGCGCCCGGCUGCGGAUACCUCGUCGGCACCUUCUUCGGCGGCCGCUACGCAGACCACGUUGUGAAGAAGUAUAUCCGGAAGCGGGGCCAGCGCGUAUCAGAGGACCGUCUGCGGUCUUGCGUCUUCUUCCUCGGGGGCGUCAUACCCGCUUGUAUGAUUGUGUACGGGUGGAGUGUUGAGAAGCGCGUUGGCGGUGUUGCGCUCCCCGUCAUCAUGAUGUUUCUCCAGGGCGUGGCGCAAUUGUUUUGCUUUCCUAGUCUCAAUACGUAUUGCUUGGAUGUUAUGCAGGGGAGGAGCGCAGAGGUGGUGGCGGGGAAUUACUUUAUGCGUUACAUGUUUGCGGCGGCGGGGUCGGCGGUGUGUUUGCCUGCUGUUAGGGCGAUUGGCGUCGGCUGGUUUUCGACAAUCAGUGCGGGGUUCUUGGUUGCUGGGGCGGGUAUGACUUAUGCGACGGCGGUUUGGGGAAGGGAGUGGAGAGAGGGGAUUGAGGAGAAGAAGGCGGCGAGGAAGGUGGGGGAUGGCAAGGUGUAG